AUGACUGCGGAUCCUGCUAAGCCGCGUAGAACCUGGCUUGAGGUGGCUAGGGAGGUGUCUGUCCCCUCUGAGGUCCCUAGUGCUACUGCGGCGGCCUGUACUGUUGUCUCUGCUACUGCUGGGGCCUCGGCGGCUGAGGUGGCUACGGUCACUGCUGUGCUAGAGGCUGCUACGGUGGAGGCUACUAUGGCCCUCUCAACUGUUGCUGCUGCUGUUCAGGGUGGGGCCUAUUCCUCCGGUAGUGCCUAUUCCUCCAGUUGCUCCAGUUCCCCCCCCCCCCCUCCGGUUCCCCUUCCUCAGCUUGCUGUUCUGGUUAUAGAGGCUCCUCCUUCGCCAACCGCACUCGCACCUCCACCCAAGGCAAGUGUCGAUCCUGCUUUUCUGAUAGUGCCUAUAGUAGCCAGGCAUUUGCCAUCAACUGAUGCAGCUUGUUGUUACUACAUUGUAGACCCGUCAGCCUACUACCGCCGAGGUUUCUAG